AUGGAAACGUCCGCCGAUCCGAAUGGCUAUGCGGUCGAUAAUGUGGCGCACGGUGAACAGGCGGUGUUUGGUGUGGCGAAUGAUGACGGUUCAUAUCGCGACGAGACGUAUGGCGAGAAGGUGGUUGGUGAAGCGGACAAAGGCGAAGCGGACGGAGGCGAAGCGGAUGAAGGGGAAGUGGACGAAGGGGAAGCGGACGAAGGGGAAGCGGACGACGGCGAAGCGGACGAAGGCGAAUCGGACGAAGACGAAGCGGGCGAAGGCGAAUCGGACGAAGGCGAAGUGGACGAAAGGGAAGCGCACGAAGGCGACGCGGACGAAGGCGAAGCGGACGAAGGGGAAGCGAACGAAGGCGAAGCGGACGAAGGCAAAGCGGACGAAGGCGAAGCGGACGAAGGCAAGGAUGGGGAAGGCGAGAAGGGGGAAGGUGAAGGGGCGGAAGGCGGAGAGGCGGAAGGCGUAGGAGCUGUUGGCGAGGAGGCGGAAGGCGAAGGGGCGGAAGGUGGGGAGUGGGAUGGCGAAGAGGGGGAAGGCGAGGGGGAAGGCGAAGAGGGGGAAGGCGAGGAGGGGGAAGGCGAAGAGGGGGAAGGCGAGGAGGGGGAAGGCGAAGAGGGGGAAGGCGAGGAGGGGGAAGGCGAAGAGGGGGAAGGCGAGGAGGGGGAAGGCGAAGAGGGGGAAGGCGAGGAGGGGGAAGGCGAGGAGGGGGGAGGCGAAGAGGGGGAAGGCGAAGAGGGGGAAGGCGAAGAGGGGGAAGGCGAAGAGGGGGAAAGCGUAGGGGUUGUAGAUGGGGCUGGAGAGGAGGCGGAAGGCGAGCAGGCGGAAGGAGAGGAGGCAGAUGGGGUCCAGGCAGAUGGCGACAAUGUGGGCGAAGACUUGUCCGAUUACUCCAAUUUUAGUGCAGAGGAGAGAACUAAUGGGCGGUGGACACGCGUACAAGCACUCAGCCGCGGGUCGGCGCUGGAUGAGGAUGAAGAAGCUGCACGAGUGGUGAAGAAAGGGCGGUUUAUGAUUCUGGGGGCCACACCGGAUGAUACGCAACAAAUUCUGGUAUGGGUCCGCCAACCACCAUCGAGCGAUUCAACCUUGGGGGGGGGAGGGGGGAAGCUGCCCCAGCUACAGGUCACCCUGCGGGCAAGUACUAGUGCGAUGCAAGUGGGAGCAGCAGCAGCUCUUGCGGGUAUGACUGUUGCAAGGGUAGGAGGAGCAGCGUCAACGGGAGGGAGGGUGGGAGCAGCAGCAGCAUCAACUGGGGUGAGGGUGGGAGCAGCAGCAGCGUCAACGGGAGGGAGGGUGGGAUCAGCAGCAGCAUCAACUGGGGUGAGGGUGGGAGGAGCAGCAGCGGCAUUGACUGAAGGGAGGGUGGGAGCAGCAGCGGCAUCGACUAGAGGGAGGGUGGGAGGAGCAGCAGCAUCGACUGGAUGGAGGGUGGGAGCAGCAGCGGCAUCAACUGGAGGGAGGGUGGGAGCAGCAGCGGCAUCGACUGGAGGGAGGGUGGGAGGAGCAGCGGCAUCAACUGGAGGGAGGGUGGGAGCUGCAGCGGCAUCAACUGGAGGGAGGGUGGGAGCUGUAGCGGCAUCAACUGGAGGGAGGGUGGGAGGAGCAGCGGCAUCGACUAGAGGGAGGGUGGGAGGAGCAACGGCAUCGACUGGAGGGAGGGUGGGAGGAGCAGCGGCAUCGACUGGAGAGAGGGUGGGAGCAGCAGCGGCAUCGACUGGAGGGAGGGUGGGAGGAGCAGCGGCAUCGACUGGAGGGAGGGUGGGAGGAGCAGCGGCAUCGACUGGAGGGAGGGUGGGAGAAGCAGCGGCAUCGACUGGAGGGAGGGUGGGAGGAGCAGCGGCAUCGACAGGAGGGAGGGUGGGAGGAGCAGCGGCAUCGACCGGAGGGAGGGUGGGAGGAGCAGCGGCAUCGACUGGAGGGAGGGUGGGAGGAGCAGCGGCAUCGACUGGAGGGAGGGUGGGAGCAGCAGCAGCAUCUACUGGAGUUUUCAGGUCCAGGGGUACCACUACUUCUUCCCACCAGCUCUGUUCCCCGUUGAUUUGCCACUCCUGCUCUCUCCCUUCCUGUGCGCUCCUCUCCUGCUCUGUCCCCUCCAGUGCUCUCCCUUCCUGCCUUGUCUCGCUGCUCCUCUGCACUCACCAUGCCAUGCCCCGUAGUGCAUGCAGCAAUACCCGGUGUGCAAUUGGCAAAAUACUCCGUCGAUUGGUUCUAACUGCAUUGGGGCGGGAGAAAAACAAGGGGAAGGUGAUGUCCCUCCCGGCGGAGUUGGAUCGUCCGGCGGUGUAUCGGAACGAUGCCGAACUGGUCCGGGACAACAUGACUGGUGAGCUCCUAACCCUUGCUCUCUCCCCCCCUCCUCUGUCACAUGCUCUCUCCCCCCCUCCUCUGUCACAUGCUCUCUCCCCCCCUCCUCUGUCACAUGCUCUCUCCCCCCCUCCUCUGUCACGUGCUCUCUCUCCCCCUCCUCUGUCACAUGCUCUCUCCCCCCCUCCUCUGUCACAUGCUCUCUCCCCCCCUCCUCUGUCACAUGCUCUCUCCCCCCCUCCUCUGUCACAUGCUCUCUCCCCCCCUCCUCUGUUACAUGCUCUCUCCCCCCCUCCUCUGUCACAUGCUCUCUCCCCUCCUCUAUGA